AGCUGUGGCUGACACGCAUCCUGUAAACCGGGUGUGCGUCUUUUAUAUUUGUCCGAGUAGAAACAUCCUACCAUAAGUUUAGGUUUAAUUUCUUUGACCUGACACUGUAUCGAUAAGAUGUCGGAAGCUUUGUUGCAGUGGUGUGUGGACCAGCUACACCACAAAUUCGGCUUGGAAGCAUGUGAAGACAUCGUUCAGUACAUUCUAGCCAUUGAAACACCUGAGGAGAUUCAGGAGUACGUGGGAGAUCUUCUGCAGGGCACGGAUGGCAGAAAAGGGCUGUUUAUAGAUGAGCUCCUCAGCAGAUGGAAGAAAAGCCAAAGGCAGACCACAGAUACAACAGGUCUUAGCCUCGUUACAGAGUCAGGUUCAACAACAGAUUUGCAAGAGAUGACCAAAGAUGCCCAGAAGAAGUCCAAACGCAAAGGGCGUAACAAACAGGAAGUGAUGUGUUUGAGCCGACCAGAGCCUGAACCCGAGGCAGUUAAAACUCCCAUCGAUCUGAUGAGGGCCCAGGAGAACAGUAACUCCUCCUCAUCAAAGAAGAAAACAAAGUUUGUCAAUCUCUACGCGAAAGAGGGCCAGGACAAACUGGCCGUGUUACUCCCGGGCCGACACUCGUGUGAGUGCCUCGCACAAAAACACGCACUCAUCAACAACUGCCUCAGCUGUGGCCGUAUCGUGUGUGAGCAAGAGGGCUCGGGACCCUGCCUCUUCUGUGGAAACCUGGUUUGCACUAAAGAAGAGCAGGAGGUCUUGCAACGCGACUCCAACAAAAGUCAGAAACUCAGAAAGAAGCUGAUGGGAGAUUUUGGUGAAAGAGAACUACUGCCACACCAGGAGGCCAAGAUCAAAGCCGGGUUGGAGAAGGCAGUCCAGCACAAAGACAAACUGCUGGAGUAUGACAGGAACAGUGUCAGAAGAACGCAGGUUCUGGACGAUGAGUCGGAUUACUUUUCCACUGACUCCAACCAGUGGCUGGCCCCCAACGAGCGAGCACAGUUGAGGAAGAAGGAGGAGGAGCUGAGAGAACUUCGCCAUGCGUCUCGCAAAGACCGAAAGAUCACGCUGGACUUUGCUGGAAGACAAGUGAUUGCUGAAGGAGCCGACCUGACCGACUACUAUAACAAGUUGGACGAGACGCUCAAAGCUAUGAACAGUGGGCCAACGUCACAAUCGCCGGGAUAUUCUGGAAGAAAAGGUGAAGACCAGAACCUCAGAGAGCUGAUCAACCCAAAUAUUACCCAGUCUGCACCAGAGUGGGUGGAUAUUGGAGGCAAUAAAGACACCAAACGACCCAAAGAGCAGAGAAAAGGUUUGGUGGAGCAGAAAGCAGGAGAGGAGCGUCGUCGGCUGCGGCUACAAGACAAAGAGCUUCAGGAGCUUUCUGAUGGAGGCUGGUGCCUCAGCAUGCAUCAGCCAUGGGCCUCGCUGCUGGUUAGAGGCAUCAAGAGGGUAGAAGGUCGGACCUGGUACACAUCACACCGAGGGCGACUCUGGAUUGCUGCCGCAGCCAAGAAACCCACUGCUCAGGAGAUUGCUGAGGUGGAAGCCAUGUACCGCCACAGCUACAGGAAAGAGCCAAAUUUUCCUAAAGACUAUCCCACUGGAUGCCUGUUGGGUUGUAUCAACGUGACUGACUGCCUGUCUCAGGAGCAGUUUAGAGAACAGUUCCCUGAUACCUGCGAGGAGUCUGCCUCUCCAUUCGUCUUCAUCUGCACCAACCCCCAGGAGCUGCUGGUGAAAUUCCCCAUGAAAGGGAAGCACAAGAUCUCAUCUCUAGGACCGGAGAAGUCUGUACCAUCGUUCUUCCCUACUGGACCCAGUACCCUGAGUCUGUUCAACAUCCUCCUGUGACCCCCAGAUCCACGACAAGAGUCGCCUGACGGGAAGCUUGAGAGUCACCAUCACCAGGGUGCCAAGAAGGGGCUGGUCCCGUCAGCUGCAGACUGACACCGGAGGAAAAAGCUCUGAAGAAUCUGUCUCAAUCUGGAUGGACGUACAUUACCAAUCUUUGGUUUUAUUCUCUAACUUUUGUUUCCAAAAUUAAAAUUGAUUAAAUCUGAUCUGAUGCAGACAUUCACAUUAUAAUUUUAAAAUAUUUCUGCUCUAUUUUUUGAUUCCGUCAACAAAUAUGUCAUAAAUAAAGAAGACAUUAAGCUGCUUUGCAUGAUGUGCUUGGUUAGAAUAAAAAACAACUUGAAUGGA